AAAAUAAUAUUUACAGACAAAAGCUCAUUGUGAAUCGAAACGAGCGCUUUGUUUAAAAAAUAAUUUAGUUAUAAUUAAUAAGUGUUAAUUGUAAAACUAAGAUUAUUAUAAUCAUAAACUUAAUAUUAACAGUUAUAACAAAAAUCAAAUUAAUUGUGAAUCAUUACACAUUGGGAUUUUCCAAAGAUUCCUUCGUCCGUAUUCAGUGUGGGAUUAAAAAAAAAUCGCACGCCGUGAUUUUUGUAUUGAUUUGAAAAUAAUUUGUUUAUAAAAAUGAGUAGAUGUGAUUUUAAAGUCGUGUUAUUAGGGAGUGAACACGUAGGAAAGACUAGUUUGGUUCUCCGUUUCGUCAGUUGCAGAUUUAAUGCCGAUAUUCCGUAUCAAAAUACGGUCGGAGCAGCUUUCUGCGCUAAAACGAUGCAAUCGAAUGGGAAGGAUUUCAAUGUUGGCAUUUGGGACACGGCGGGAAGCGAAAGAUACGAAGCGAUGACAAAAAUAUACUACAGAGGUGCUCACGCAGCGAUCAUAUGCUACGAGCCAUCAUCAGCGGCUUCCUGGACGAGGCUGAGGCACUGGCUUCAGGAACUGAGAGGAAUUGAGGAAAACUGCAAAGUAUACCUAUGUGGCACUAAGAAGGACCUUCUAGACAACGGGUUCGUCGCGAGGGAAGUCCCAGAGGACACGGUGGCAGCUUACUCGCAGGGACUCUGCGGACAUUACCUUACUUCUAGCAAAACUGGGGAGAAUGUUGACGAAUUAUUUCAGAAAAUAGUAGACGACUGUGCAGCUGAUGUGCGGCUAAUGAAGGAUGUUGAAGAUAUGAGGCUGCAGCUUCAGAAAGACGAGGCGGCUUACAAGGCGAAGAACAAAGACUACUGCUACUGCUGAGUAGACUAAAAGACUGAGAAGACCGCGGUGAAAAUGUCUCAAAAGUACCCAAAAAAGUAGAAAUAUUGCAUGGUCACAAAAUUGGGAUGAUGACGGGGUAUGAAAAUUAAACAUCUAUUUAGUCCGUCAGUUAGGUAAUGAAAAAAUAUUAGACACGUAUUUUUUUAUUUUGUCAUUUGAGAUAACAAUACUUAGAUGAAACGAAUCAAAGUUUAGGAGUGGGAGCAAAUACGCCAUUUCUACGUAUAAAAUGUACCUAGAAGUGACGUUACGCGAUAUUUCAAAUCGAUAUAUCUUCGAAAGUAUUUGUUUCCGUAAGAAAAUAAAAAAUACGUGUCUAAUGCUUUAAAAUAAUCUACAAGACGGACUUUGAAAUAAAAAUUAGUCAUCUACCCUAUUAGCACAGUAGACGAGAAGACUAAUAGACCGAAAGACCAAUGCACUGAAAAGACCAACCAUUUUUGUUAAUAAAUGGCGUUUGGUCUAUUCAAUGAAGUAUUCCAAAAGACUACCUAUCUAAAUAUACAUGUAUAACUCAAAGGUGACUGACUGACUGACAUAGUGAUCUAUCAAUGCACAGCCCAAACCACUGGACGGAUCGGGCUGAAAUUUCGCAUGCAGGUAGAUGUUAUGACGUAGGCAUCCGCUAAGAAAGCAUUUUGAUCAAUUCUACCCCCAAGGGGAUAAAAUAGGGGAUGAAAGUUUGUAUGAAACUUUGCUAAUUUUAAACCGAUCGGGCUGAGACUUUGCAUGCAUAAAGCUACUAUGACGUAGGCAUCUCU